AUGUUUUCGUUGGGACACACGGUUCUUUCAUGCCGCACAACUGAAACUCGCAUACUACUUGCACCACCACCACAACCACUAGUUCAUCUACUAAUUCAUAGCGGAACACACUAUCCUUUCGGCUUGACUCAGCCAGAUAAUUGCUUUUUUAAAGCUGUCAUACUUUCGCAAAAUGAAAAGAAAGAAAUGUCGGAGGCUUCAUACACUCACGUGGACGCGGCUUCUCAAUUCCAGUUGCUCCAAAUUUUGAUGUCACUUAUUCAUCCAUGGGGACGGGAUACUUGUGCAGAUGACGCGUUACGCGAUUGCUGUGGCUUUGUGAAACCACAAAUAGAAGAAGUGGAGGAUCUUCAACACCCUCCACCGCGGUUGCACAGCACGACAUGCUUGGGACUGUUGUCUAAACACGGGUGUCUGGCCAUCAAUUUUCCAGGUUGGUCCUGCCUAAACCCGGAGUCGGUUAGCGGCUUCAGUCAGCUUCAUUCGCUCAACAGGUUCAUCAACGCCGGCCUGCUUCUGGCUGAGUUGAGUUUGGCCGAGACGAUCACUUCUCUCAGCUCAACGUAUCUUGCUCGUUUAUUUGAGUGGCGUCGGUACCCCGUUGCUGGGUCAACGCGACAUUCUCUGUCCAACUCGGACACAGACAGCCACCACUUAAUAUGCAACAGCUGGAUGCACCUUGCCCACCGUAUCUGCACCUCUCUGUUAGCGUCCAUUGUGCUACCGUUCAACACGACACAGCCUGCCUGCAUUUGCUUACCGGAACUUGAGUUUUUCGUGCACAGAUGGCAAGAUCGAUCUUUGCCGAUUCGGUACGCUGCACGUACCAUCUUACUAACUCUUCUCGAUCAAAUGAGUCCCCAAGUCCGGAAACAGGUUGCCACUUACUGGACAAACCUGCUACCCUCGUUCUCCCUUGCACAGCCAACAAAUCAGCACCGCGACACCUCAGUAUCAAUCCAUCCAGCUGCUCCUUCGACUGUCGUCAACGGUGACCUUACUCGUCCAUCUGAUCCCCACUUCCAUAAACCUCAGCCAAUUAACAAACUGAAUAUACCGAAGGAUUCCAGUGAUAGCCCACUUACUCGGCGAUUUUCCAUUGACCCACCUGCGUCACCCGAACGCCAAGUACCUCGCACAUCUGAAUUACCACCAUCAAAUGACCCACUUCCCAUCACUGAAUCUGUCAGUCUGUGUAGUUUAGAUGCGGUUGCAGGUAACUCUAUACCACCUGUCCCUGACAGCCAUUGGUGGCUGACGCUCAAUGGAUAUCGUAUCUCUGCUCGCGAACACGCGCGCCUCCAAGCCACUGCUGUGGUAAUCCUUGCUGUGAUUGGAUCGCGCUAUUGUUCGCAUGUGAGACAUUGGCACCCAGCAGUGUUUGCUCGCGACCUCACUAGUGACACCGGUCCCAGUCACAUUCAAGCGGAAUCUGGAUGUAAUGAUGAUGACAACAGAACCCAUGGCUUAGCCAUGCCCUGCUUUGAAUCUCCGGACUCCGGAUGUUCGACCACCACAAUCCGAGCGUCAAAUAGGUUACGAUUGACACUUGAUCAACUCAGUGAAGUGACAGCUCUUCAGCCGGAAGUUUCAGGAAUUUUUGGUUUUGAUGAUUAUCGACUGGCAAGAUCUGUCAGUCAGUGUUUGAUCGCUCUUCUCCUUAACCGAGCUCCCUUGUUAGAUGGCACCUCACCACAUCGGGAUGCACGACCACCGAGUUCAAUUUCACAGCCUGGCUUUGUUCCCAAUCGAUGUGGGAGGCUUUUCAACAAUACAGAAGCUACCACUUUGGCCCAUCUCAUGUCCAAUCCGAACGGUUCUCUCCGCCGUGCCGCUAUUGAUCUGCUUGGCAAGGGCUUUGUUGUCUGGGAACCUUAUUCUGACCUUGGACAGGUAAUCAACGGUUUACUGUCCUUGGUUGCGGGUACGGAAACGUUACUGUCCAGCUUACCGAGGUGGCUACCCAUUCCCGAUCACAAUGACCUUGUGCGCACAGCUAGGGAAGCCCUUUGGGCAAUCACCUUUGCACGUCCCAAAGCGAUCACUCUCAACCUAUCAUUGGAAGUUCGACGUUCUGGGAGCCAACUCAACGCAGCCGCUUCGUCAGCAGCCAACGCCACCAACCGAUCAGAGUCCUUAUCUCGCUCCUCUUCAGUUUCGUCUGGUGGGCUGUCAAGUCAAGUCCUACACAAGAAUGCUGCACAUCGUGGUUCGGCAACUACACCCGCUCUUACCGAGCAUCGUAACCCCAAGAUGGUGGUGAUGUUGUCCUCUCCAGCUGUCGCCACUCCGAUUUUUACCCCAUCUACUGGCAAUGUCAAAAACAUUCCGGCAAAUUACACAGGUUCCGAGUCAACUUCCGGCCUCACCAAUCCCUGUCCCCCUAUAUUUGCCGCCCGUGAGGAGAUCGUGCCUCUUUUCGAACAACUAUGCGCUCGAUGCGCGUCAGAAAUUGUAUCGGUUCUCCCUGAAGUUGUCGAAGUCGUCCUUGCUUGCCUUGAUCGCAUCCGACUCAAGGAACGGGGCCUGGAGUUCCUGUUCCCCACUUUUCGGCAAUUCAGCGCAUUAUCUUCGCACACCCGGAUCCAUAAAGUGUGCGUCGGUGGCGUUAAUGGCUCGCUGACUUUCUUCGAUUUCAAACUUGGCCGUUACCUUGUCACUCCCGGCCACAAGGGGCCAGUCACUGCCGUCCGAUUCCAGGCGGACGGGCGCUUGGUUGCCACAUACUCCCUUUCUGAAGGUCUCCUACGUAUUUGGCAGCUUCACACUGCCGGUUUGUUCGGCAUGGGCGGCCAACAAGUUAAAGCGAUCUCAAGUCAUCCUGUACCUCCGUUACAAGGCCCACUGAAGCAUGCGUCCGAUGCGAGCAGUUCAGAUGCUGAUGAGACCUCGGCGACCCACAUAUCCACCGAUCGACUAUCCGUUUGGUUGGACUGGCCGGAGUCACGCGUUGUGCAGAUUGUAACGAAAAGAGGAGUGCAGCGUCACAUAAACCUCUAGGUUGCCGUAAUCUUCUCCACUGCAGUUGCCGUCAACCACCACACUGGUGCAGAGGCGUCCAGUUACCCAAGUAUUUCCGUGCAAUUCAUAAUAAAUACCCUCAUAUAUGAAUCCCGUGCCCAGAAAACUAUAUAUUUCCCCUGCUGGAACAAUAUCUGUGAUCUCCACUGCUCUCUUAGACCGUCUUCGACUUGUUUUCUGAACUUAUAGCUCUUCUCAGAGGUUCGAUCGGAACUGAACUCACACCGUGUAUAAUAUUCAUCAGUGUCCAUAUUUGUUUUAGUCCACCGCUCGCGCCACUUUCCACUUAUUUGAACAAGGUAGUCGAAUUUUUAUCCAUCUCAUCCAGCAUUCCUCAAUCAUGUGUCGUACCUUCUUUUGUGCAGUAUCCCUUUUACGUUUUAUUUCACUCCUCUUCUUGAUCACAGUUCUGUUGUAUCAUAGUUCCCGAUCAUUCCAGCUGUGAUAGAUGAGGUGAUUCGCAUGAUUCCUGUCGUUCUCUUUCGGGGUACCAGCAAAUUUAGUACUUCUUCAUAU